GUCUAUGCGAAGGGUUAGCAUAGCAGCAGGUUGCGUAAGUGGCAAACCUGAUUUAUCUCAUUUAGGGAUGUUAUUUUGAUUGAAAGAAGGCAUACUAACAGCAUGGAUUUUCAGUUUCCUUAACAAUGGUCCCAAGAAAACCUUAACAAGUGGCUUAGAUAAAUAGAUGGCUAAGAUACGAUGGAAAAAGAAAGAAGAAACCGAAAGAAACUCAAGAAAUUGAAAGCACAACAAGAAGUUCAUAACUCACUUCCUUUGUACGGACCGGAAGUGACUUUUCCUUUCCGCUGACAUUGAUGUUAUUCAGCAUGCUCARUAGGGCAUUCAAAUUCAAAUUCGUAUUACGAGGGACUUUGCUGGUGAAUUUUCAUACAUUUUAUUCCAGAACUUCUAAAGAUUUUUCUCGCAAGAUGCUUGGAUCUAAUUCAAUCUCCUAUACGACCAACGGUCACAGUACGAAAAACGGUACCAAUGGUACAAAAAAAGUUACUAUUGCUGUUGAGGGAAAUAUUGGAAGUGGGAAGACAACUUUACUAAAGUUUUUUAAGCAAAAUCCCUUAAUUGAGGUUUUAGAAGAACCUGUUCAGAAGUGGCAGAAUGUGGAUGGUGGAAACAUUCUUGAACUAAUGUAUAAAGAUCCCAAGAGAUGGAGUUUUAUGUUUGAAUCAUAUGUUCUUCUUACCAUGAUGCAACUCCACCAUCAAAAACAAGAAACUCCAGUGAGACUUCUUGAACGAAGUGCAUACAGUGCUUUCUUCUGUUUUAUUGAAAACCUUUAUUUGAGUGGAAUGCUAUCCCAAGUGGAGUACAGUGUUUUCCAAGAAUGGUUUGAAUACCUUGCAGAACAUCAAAAGCCUCAUGUGGAUUUGAUAAUCUACCUGAGGACAUCCCCUGAAAUCUGUUUUGAAAGAAUGCAGAAAAGAAGACGUUCAGAAGAAAGUUCAGUAUCUAUGGAUCUUUUGACAAGCUUGCAUGAAAGAUAUGAGGAGUGGCUUCUAAAAAAGACUAAAUUCUAUCUACCAGCCCCAGUAGUCGUAGUUGAUGGGAACCAAAGUCUAGAGAAGUUAUCACAAUAUUAUGAAAACAAUACUCAUUCUUUAUUUGGGGUAAAUGAGAUCUCCAAAAUACCAGUAUCAUGACCAGUAUGAAUUAGUUUUUUUUACAGAAAAAAGAUAUUCUCUAUUUUGAUACACACUUUGUACUAGAUUGUAAAAAUCAUAUAUGAUCAGAAUAGCCUGAAUCUUAGCUUUGUCAGCACAUGCAAUUUUAUUUUCCCUUCUAGUAAGAUAGUUUCCAAUAGACCCCCGUAUUGUCAAAGCAGUUCAAUUUGGAGGACAAAACAAAAGAAUUUCAAUCACCUGAGAAAUGGAAUCCUAUUGUCAUGUCCUCCAAAUUGAGCUGCGUUUUGACAUACUGCAAGGGGUCUAUAGAGCAGUUUCAAGGCCACCACAUUUUAGCUGUUAAAAACAAUAGAAAUACCUUCUUUGGGAAAUUAAACCUCGAGUUUUGGAAAACAUUGCAUAGUUCCAGCCCCACAACAUGGCAACCUUGAAACUUCUCUAUAGCUUUUACCUGCCACUGAGAUCUCUGCAAUUGUUUCCUGUGAGGGAUGGAGGUGCUAUGUUUAGGCAGUUGAGAUUCAGGCUUCUUUAUAUUAAUUUUUCUACUAAAUUCUUACUUUUCUACCAGUUUUUAAUCAUUACUUCCUAAUCUUUUAUACUCUGCUUUUAUAAUACUAUUUUCAUAAAAGUGUAAAUAUGAAAACUAACUAAUGCUUUGAAAUAUCUUAAAUAGUGUACAUGGUUAUUGAUGAUGCAAAAGCAUUUGAAUAUUCUCUUUACUAGUGCUGAUCAUUCAACUCUCAAAAUACUGUGUAGGUGAGUUUAUUUAUUCACAAAUCCUUAAUAACAUUUGUACAGCUUUUAAUUAAUCUUGAAUUUAGGAGAAGAUCAUUAGUCAGGCAACCAAAGACAUAAACAGUGAAAAUGAUUGUUUCUGAUUGGCUGAAGUAGACUUUAAUGAGACAUUUCAAUGGUGUUAUAAAAUUAGCCAAUCAGAAGCAGUGUCUAUCGCAGUUUACCAUAGGAUUGCCUUGGAACAUUCGGAGCCACACUCAACUGAAAUACAAGUGAUGGUUCCUAAUUUUAUCACUGUCUUGGCUAUUCCUUCUUUUCAAUGCUUCUUGAUAGCCUUUAAUGACUUACUGAGUGAAAUGCACCUUAUCGUACUGAGCUCUCUAAUAACUUAUUUAAAAAUUGUAUGAUCUUAAGAUUUCAAAUUGCAAUCAAAUCUUUACUCGUCCUAUAGGUUCAUAAGGGUUAGGUGUAAAUAAGAUCACAUCAAGAUCAAACAUUUUCAUUCAAUUACUGUAAAAAAGAAAUCCAAGAAUAAUUUACAAAGAAAUUACAUUAUUAUAUUCUCAUCACUUUAACAGAAUUAAAGCAAAAUACUUUGUUUUCUAUUGCCUAAAUGGUAGUAUUUAUCACUAGAGUAGGAAACAUACUGACUCAUAGCACAUACAUGCUAUGACAUGCUGUAACAUUGAAAUGGCUUCCCAUUGCGUUUCAUCCAAUAGAAUGUUUAUUUACAGCUACAGUAAGGUACAUUCUGUAUGUUUUGGCUUGGUAUUUACUAACGACAUAAAGAUAAUAAACAUAAGCUAUAAUCAUAAGGGUGCUUACUUGUGUUAAAUUAUGUUUUAGUGGAAAUGCACUGGAAAAAGAAAACAUAAUCUACCUUAGACCAACAUAAUUAUGAUCAGAUUUAAAUAGCCAAGCAUUUUCUUAUGAUUAUGAUCAUUAUGUUGCUAGUGGCUACCAAGCCUUGUAAGUACAGUACAAAUUUGCUUUAUAAUACUCGUUUUUACAGUUCCAUUCAGUGACCACAAAUAAUAGUUCCUAGCCGAGGCUGGAGUUUCUGCGCAUAGCAAAACUACAGUUUAUCAUUCAGGGUCACUGAAUGGAACUGCAAAAAGGAGCACUUCCCAGUCAUACAAAAACAGCUUUAACUAGUACUUUUUCAUUAGCGACUGUUUUUACUUUUACGUAAUGCCAUAACAUGUCUACAUUUAGAAAAAUGUUUGUUAAAUUUACAUAUUAUAGUUAUUUUAUAUAUUUUUUUUAAACCAGUUUUUGUUACUUUAUGUUAAGAAAGUCAUAGUGAUUACUGUAGCCUAUUACACAUAAACAAAUUAAGUUGUAAAUAAGUUAAGUUGUGGUAUCAGUAGAGUGCAAACAAUAUAACUGAAACUUUAGUAAUACUAAAUAGCACAAUUUCAUGCAAAUU